CGUGACUUUACCAUCGAGGCGCACUGUUCAAAACCUCGAGAAUGACACAGUUUUUACCACCUAAUUUGUUGGCGCUUUUCGCACCACGAGAUCCAAUCCCUUUCCUCCCACCAAUAGAAAAACAUGCAAAUCAUAGGAAAUUACCAUAUACCGGUGUAGCUCAAUUCUUGGGAGAGUUUGAAGAUGCGUCUGAAACUCCAGCCCCAGUGCGCAUAGAAACUCGUGAGGAACGUAAGGAAAGAAAACGUCGAGAGAAACAGGAGCAAGCCAAUUAUAAACUUGAACAAGAUCUCGCAUUAUGGAAUCCUAAGAAAAAUCCAAAGGCUACUUCCAAUCCUUACAACACAAUGUUUGUAGCCAGACUUAACUAUGACACCACAGAAUCCAAACUGAAGCGGGAACUUGAUGUCUUCGGGCGGAUUAACAACAUUGUAAUGGUAAAGAAUGUUAUAACGGGGAAGCCUCGUGGAUAUUGUUUUGUGGAGUUUGAACAUGAACGUGAUAUGCAUGCCGCCGUCAAAGCCCUAAAUGGCAGAAAAAUCGAUGGUGUCCGCGUUGUGACAGACGUUGAGCGGGGAAGGACUCGUCCUGAUUGGAGGCCUAGGCGUUUAGGCAAGGGCUUAGGUAAGAAUCGCCAAGGACCAAGUGACAAGUCUCAUCGCAGACAUGAAAAUGGACGUGAUCCCAGUCAUGAUCGCAGUUUCGGUCGACCUAUCUCAAGUGCACAUGUUCGUGAUCGCGACAAAGAGUACAGACGAAGGCGCAGUCGAUCUCGGAGUAAAUCAAAAGAACGUGAUCGACGCGGUCGUAGCCGGAGUCGAGACCGACAUCGAAAACGCCGGAGUCCAGAUGAGCGGGAUCGUGAUCAUAAGCGCCGUGACCGCCGUCGAGAUGAUAUGAUUCAACAGUAUGGAGAGUAUGGUGCUGAAAUUAGGGCGGAAUACAAUGGAGAUGCAUAAAACACCUUUUCGAGUCACCCUGUAUUGAUACAAAACUCACUUGUGUGCAAAAAAUUAUAUAUUUUAAGAAAGCUGUACAUUAAAAAUGAAUGUCAAUAAACUUGUUGAAAAUAUU